AUGUCUUUAAAAAUAUUGUUACUUAAUAAAAAGGUAGAGACUUGCACAGGCUCACUGGUAACAGAAUUGUUUGUAUUGACUGCUGCUCACUGUGUUUACGGUAAAGACAAAAAGGAUUUAAAAAUAGAAAAACCAUUUUCGCAUAUCGAUGAAUAUAUAAGAAUAGGUGGCUCUUCUAUUGAAUUCGCUAAUAACAAAAGUCUGAAGUGUAUUGUUAUUGGGUUUGGUACUAAUGCUGAACAUGGAGGAUUUGUUAAUCAAAUUAUGGUUAAACACGGUAGAAAAACCUGUGAAGGAUACGAUAGUGUUAAAAUAAUAGAUACAUGGCAACAAUAUAUCUGUGAGAUACCAAGUAGCAAGCACAAAACGUAUGAAGGAGACAGCGGUGGUCCAAUGAUUUGCAAUGGCUUGCAAUAUGGAGUAUGCAGUUUUUCAAUAAAUUUCAAAGGUGAAGACAUGCAGACUGUUUACAUGUUCAUCGAUUAUUAUAGAAAAUGGAUAAAUGAUAUAAUAGAACCG